UUGUCAUAUUUGCCAAUUAAACUUACCAUGGUCAACAAACAUAGACUGCUACACAGCCAUCCUGGAAUCUCGAACGUUUGGGGUGCUUCACUAUCAGCGUGAAACUUGAAACGGUGAAAGUCACUAGAGGUGCUUCACUAUCAUCGUGUACGUCGUCUACAACCGAAGUCCGUGGCAGUUCCUCGUGGCCGGUCACGUGGUUGACGUGCAACGCCACUGCCGAGACGUGUACAUCUAACAGUCCGCGACAGCGAUCGGCCAUGCCUCGGAGUCCACAGCCCAUGCACAUUAUCCGAACUGAGCCGAGGGCAGGAGCCGCCAGGGGAGGAUGGAAACGGGGAGGACGGGCCAAGAGCAAGACGCGGCUCGCACCGAGCGCCCGCGCGCCUCGCCGCCGGCGCUGCCGUGCGCGGUGCGGCUGCAGGUCACCGCGUUCUCGCCCCUCAUCGACGUCAUCAACCGCCGCGACGGCACCGUCAACCGCGGCCUCUACUCCGUCGCCGACCGCAUCCUCCGCGUGCGCGCGAGCCCCCGCCCGGACUCCUCCGGCAUCCGCUCCGCCGACUUCGACGUCGACGCGUCCCGCCGCCUCUGGGCGCGCGUCUUCUCCUUCUCCUCCCCCGCCGCGCCCCAGGCCCCGCUCCCGGUCGUCGUCUACUUCCACGGCGGCGGCUUCGCGCUGUUCUCCGCGCGCCAGUGCUACUUCGACCGCCUCUGCCGCCGCAUCUGCCGCAGCGUCGGCGCGGUCGUCGUCUCCGUCGAGUACCGCCUCGCGCCCGAGCACCCCUACCCGGCCGCCUACGACGACGCCGUGGACACGCUGCGCUUCAUCGACGCCAACGGCGUCCCGGGGCUGGACGAGGCCGUCCGCGUGGACCUCUCCAGCUGCUUCCUCGCCGGGGAGAGCGCCGGCGGCAACAUAAUCCACCACGCGGCCAACCGCUGGGCUGCAGCCGCGCCCACCCCAAACUCCGUGCGCCUCGCCGGCCUCAUCUCCGUGCAGCCGUACUUCGGCGGCGAGGAGCGCACGGAGUCGGAGCUGAGGCUGGACGGCGUGGUGCCGAUCGUGACCCUCCGGCGGGCGGACUUCUGGUGGAGGGCGUUCCUGCCGGAGGGCGCCAGCCGCGACCACCCGGCGGCGCACGUGACCGACGAGAACGCCGAGCUGGCCGAGGCGUUCCCGCCGGCGAUGGUGCUGGUCGGCGGGUUCGACCCGCUGCAGGACUGGCAGCGGCGGUACGCCGACUUGCUGCGGCGGAAGGGGAAGACCGUGGAGGUGGUGGAGUUCCCGGACGGCAUCCACGCGUUCUACCUCUUCCCGAACCUCCCCGACACCGCCAGGGCUAUCGAGCGCAUGAAGACGUUCGUGGAAAGCAACAGGACGUCGCCGUCGGCGCCAGGGUCCUUCCCGCGGGAACGAAAUUGAUUGAAAAUGGCUUGUACUCCCUCGACGUGUGUCCAAUAUAGUACUAGCACACCCCCCCCCCCCCCCCCCCCCCCCCCGUGGAUCUUUCAAGUCCAUUCAAUUUAGGAAUUGGAUAAGGCAUUUCUCCAUAGAGAAUUUGUGCGCACUGGGAAAUACUCCCUCUGGAUUUGUGUCCAUAAAAAUGAAAUAUAAGACGUUCUUUUGUGUAGUUGCUAAUAAAAAGUCAUGUAUUAUGUUA